CCUUCCCUUUCCUUCCAUCAUCUCCUUUUAUUAUACUUUCUAGAGUAUUUUGUAUCCAUAUUCCCAAAGAAGAGUAAGAUAAUUGCUUUAUACCUUGUUAUACCUCCUUAAGCUUUUCACGGUGUAUUGUGCAUUUAAUCAUACGAAGGAUAAGUAAUUGGAUAAAAUGUAUGAAUCGGUCUAUAGUGUAGAAUUUAUGCGCAGAGUUUUAAAUAAGCAAGGAGUAUUAAUUUAUAUCGUGCCACAAUAAAUAAACAAUAUUUUCUAUUAAAAUGUUUCCUAGUAUCCAGAAAAAGGACUACAGAGUCCUAGAUUUAGUACGUCAAAGAGAAAUACAAGACUCAGUGACACAUACAAUUCUACAAAAAUUACACGUUACUGAAAAUUUAAUAUCACGUCUGGGUUUGGAAAAGGAAUUAAAUGGUCAUUCGGGAUGUGUCAAUUGUUUAGAAUGGAAUGAGACUGGACAAGUCCUUGCAUCAGCAUCGGAUGACAAAGACGUUAUAUUGUGGGACCCUUUUCGUUAUGAAAAAAAAUUAGUACUGCACUCGGGCCAUCGUGGAAAUAUUUUCUCUGUAAAAUUUAUGCCAAAAUCAAAUGACAGUGUACUGGUGUCAGGUGCAGCAGAUUGCCGGAUUCGGGUACACGAUCUUACGCUCUCUGAACCAAUAUUUACAUGUAAAUGCCACAAACAACGUAUUAAGCGUAUCGCUACCGUUCCCAGUAUACCAUUUUUAUUUUGGAGCGCGGGCGAAGAUGGUCUCUUCUUACAAUAUGACAUUCGUACGCCGCAUGUUUGUAAGAGUAAUGAUCACAGCGUACUCGUGAACCUGGUAUAUCAUACGGGUUGUUAUGCAGAGGGCAAAUGCAUUGCUGUGAACCCGAGAAAACCUGAACUAAUAGCCAUCGGCGCUAACGAUGCUUACAUCCGGAUGUAUGAUCGACGAAUGAUAAAACUUUCGCAGAUUCCUCCGUCUCCUUCUCUACACGAUAACUCGAAUGGAGCAAAUAUUAGCACAUAUCGAGCAGGCAAAGGCGAUCCAGAUGACAAUAUUCCACUGGGUAGUGUGCAGUACUUUAUUGCAGGCCAUCUUCGCUCUCGUGAUGGUACCAGAAGCAUUACGACCACUUAUUUAACAUUCAGUGACGAUGGAAAUGAAUUACUUGUGAAUAUGGGUGGAGAACAAAUUUACUUGUUUGAUAUCAACGAUUCGAAUAGUUCAAAAAUUUUUGGUUCAUCUCCAGGAUCAAUUGAACAAGAUCAACAACUUGAUGAAUGUCACAUAAAACAGAACGAGAUAGAUGAAAUAGGAGGUUUUGCAGACAAAAAUGUAAAGAUUUUGCCACCGCAUGUUGAAGAAAUAAAGCGUCUAGCAAACGAAGGUUUUGAACAGCAGAAAUAUUCAUUAGCAAUUAAUUUAUAUAAUAAAGCAAUUUCAAAUUGUCCAACGGCAGCGGUAUUAUUUGCUAAUCGAGCAGCUGCUUAUAUGAAACGCGCUUGGGAUGGUGAUAUUUAUGCUGCUUUACGAGAUUGUAAGACAACAUUACUUCUCGAUCCAGAACAUGUAAAAGCUCAUUUCAGAUUGGCACGCUGUUUGUUUGAUUUAAAUCGGUCAAUUGAAGCUGACAAGGUGCUCAAGAGUUUUCAACAAAAAUUUCCAGAAUACGCAUCUAAUUCAGCAUGUAGAGCAUUAAAAAUGGACAUAAAGGAAGCUAUUGAUGCCGGAAAAGAUAUCACACAAACUAGGCAGACGUUCCUUCCACUAUCAGAAUAUGAGCAAGAAUGGAGGCAUAAUACAAUCGACUACAAAAUGAGAUUUUGUGGUCAUUGUAAUACCACAACCGACAUAAAGGAGGCAAACUUCUUUGGAAACAAUGGUCAAUAUAUAGUGGCUGGAUCAGAUGAUGGUUCUUUUUUUAUUUGGGAUCGUAAUACUACCAAUAUCGUACGCGUGUUGCGUGGAGACGAAAGAAUCGUUAAUUGCUUACAACCACAUCCAUCUAUGUGCUUAUUAGCUACUAGUGGCAUUGAUCCAGUGAUUAGAUUAUGGAGUCCAUGGCCAGAGGAUGGUAGUGUGAAUGAAAGAGAAAUUCAGAAUCUAGAUGAUGCCGCAUCAGCCAAUCAAAUACGUAUGAACAGCGAUCCGUUUGAAUUAAUGCUCAUGAACAUGGGAUAUAGAUUUCCCGUACCUCAGCACGAAUUUAGCGAUGAAGACAGUGAAGAUCAGCAUGAUCAACCGAUAACACAAGCUUUGAAUUGUAGACCAAGCUAAAUUUUGCAAGAAACAAAAAGAACAUACUAACAGUGAAUAAUAUGCGAAUUUAUCUCAACAUACAUAUUUAUAAUCUAUUACACUGUUAUUUCAAUCUUAAUUAUUUAUUUUCUUCUUUCACCAAUAUAUCUCGAAGCACUUUUGUUGUGUAAUAAUUUAUUAAGCCUCUUUGUCUAAGAGUAUCUUUGUAAGGUCAAAGAUAAAACCUUAUUUACCAGGCAUUGUGAAUAUGUUGUUAAUAAAUGCGAAAAACUUAAACAAAAA